CGGAAGAACUUCCCAAACACAGGUGAUUCUGUAGGUUAGAACCCGGAAGUGGCGUCCCGACUGCGGUUACUAGGCAACCUUGUUGUUGUUGUUGCAGCUGUUAACGGAUCGGACCGGCCCGGUAGAAGUUCGUGAUUAAGAAAGCUGUUUAUAUUGAUGAAGUACCGGAUGGCCGGCGGCGGUGUGAUGGACCCAAGCCGGGCUCCGGUGGCCUUCGGCCGGCGGGCGGUUCCGCAGCUGUUCGAGGAGCUGCAGCAGCCGGAGGAGGAGCGCAGACAGCGGGCUCUCAACUCUCUGUGCGACCUGAUGCACGACCCGGAGCGGAUCUACCAGACCGUUAACGGCGGUUUUCUGGAGCAGUUGAAGGUUUUGUUGAAAGACGACGAUUCAACAGUCAGAAAGAAAACCUGCAAACUGCUUCACAUACUGACUGCUCACAGCAUCGGCAGACAGGCCCUGCUCUCCUCCUCCCUCCUCCCUCCUCUCUCUCAGCUGUUGGAUGACUCCUCGUCCUCCUGCAGGAGGAACGUCCACCGAGUGCUGAACCGCCUCAGUCUGCUGCCUGCAGGUUCUCAUCCCGUCUCAUUCUGCACUCUUUGUUCGGUUCAUAAAUCAGAAUCAGAAAUACUUUAUUGAUCCCUGUUUGUUACACAUGAUAAAGAAUAUAAAUAAUAAUACUUAUAUUACAAUAAAAUAAACUCAAACUCUCCUCGUUCCACAAAAAGAGGAAAAACAGACGAGUAAAUUAUAUUUGAAGCAUUAUUUCUAUAAUUACUAAAUCUAUCAGUGGCACACAGGUAAAUAAAAAACAAGAAACACAUCACAAUAAAAUGUCGAUAGUAAUAAUUAUGAAUCAUUUUUAAUGAUCAUUAAUAAAGAGCAGCUGACUAAAAGUUUAACUAUUAAAUUUGUUCUUGAAAUGAAAUGAAAUAUGUAAAUGUAAGCUGGAUGAAGCAGAUUUUAUAUUCAGUUUCAGUGCGAUUGUUAACGGCUGUAAACUGUAAACUGCAGUAACCAGUCUGAUCCCUGCAGGUUCCA